AAAGCAACCCUACGAGUAAGCAGUUCUCUCUAUCAGGAGAAAAAGAACACGCAGUAAAUAGUCGUACAGACAGAAACAACAACAAGGAAUGGCCUGUGCCGACUCUUCCUGGUCCGAAGAGAACUUUUCAUGUUCUAUCUGUCUGGAUGUGUUCAGCAGUCCAGUUUCCACACCAUGUGGACACAACUUCUGCAGAACCUGUAUUACAAAGUACUGGGAUGAACAAGUCAAGUACAAAUGUCCUGUUUGCAACGAGCUUUUCAACACAAGACCUGAUUUACGGGUCAAUACCCUCUUAUCAGAGAUGGUUGAUCGGUUUGGAACGUCCGUACUAGUAAAAGAGCAGCCUUGUGUUGAACCAGCAGAAGUUCCCUGUGACGUCUGUACUGGGACCCAGCUGAAGGCUGAGAAGUCCUGCCUAGUGUGUCUUAUCUCUUACUGCCAAACCCACCUGGAGCCACAUCAGAGAGUCGCAGGCCUGAAGAAACAUCGGCUGGUCGAGCCUAUGGACCGUCUAGAAGACAGGAUGUGUAAGAAACACGACCGACUUCUGGAGCUCUUCUGCCAGACUGACCAGGUGUGUGUGUGUCACUCCUGCACUGAAGAGGACCACAAGUCCCAUCCUGUUGUACCUCUAAAGGAGGAAUAUGAAGUGAAGACGGCCCAGCUGGGGAAGAUAGAGUCUGAAGUUCAGCAGAUGAUCCAGGAGAGACAAAGACAUAUUCAGGAGAUUAAAGACACAGUCAAACGCAGCAAAGCAGACGCAGACAGAGAGAUAGCUGAUGGUGUGCAGGUCCUCACCGCUUUGAUGCGCUGCAUUGAAAAGUGCCAGGAUGAUCUCAACAAAAUGGUUAAAGAGAGACUGAAAUCCACAGAGAAACAAGCUGAAGGCCUCAUCAAAGAGCUGGAGCAGGAGAUAGAAGAUCUGACCAAUAAAAGCUCAGAGGUGAAGCAGCUCUCACACACUAAAGACCACCUCCACUUCCUCCAGGCCUUCAGAUCCCUGAAGGGUCCUCCAGCCACCAGGGACUGGACGACGGUGGGGGUCCGUCCUCCGUCAUACGUAGGGACCUUGAGGAGAUCCCUGGAUCAGCUGGAGGAGACACUGAACAUGGAGAUGAAGAAGCUGCGUGAUGCUGAACUGAAGAGGGUCCAGCAGUAUGAAGUAGAUGUGACUCUGGAUCCUGAUACAGCUGCUUCCACUCUCAUCCUCUCUGAGGAUGGAAAACAAGUAUAUUAUGGAGGUGUAAGGAAGAAACUCACAGACAACCCUAAGAGAUUUAAACAUAAAAUGUAUGUUCUCACGAGGCAGAGCUUCUCUGGGAGUUUUUACUUUGAGGUCCAGGUUAAAGACAAGACUGAAUGGUGUUUAGGAGUGGCCAGAGAGUCCAUUGCCAGAAAAGAACGGAUCAUAGUGACCCCUAAAAUGGGUUACUGGACUUUGCACUUCGAAAAGGAUAGGUUAAAAUUUAGAGAUGACCCUGCUGUCCGUCUCCCUCUGAGAGCUGAGGUCCAGAAGGUGGGGGUGUUUGUUGAUUAUGAUGAGGGUCUGGUCUCCUUCUAUGAUGUGGAAGCCAGGGUUUGUAUCUACUCUGCUCCUGACUGCACCUUCAGUGAGCCUCUUUAUCCAUUACUCUGUCCAUGUGAUCAUGAAUUUGGUAUAAACUCUGCCCCCCUGAUCAUCUCACCUGUCCAUCAAACAGACUAGGACCUUUGUUUGAUAAUAAAAUAAUCAAACAACCAAAACAACUAAUUGUUGUUACCUGAAAUAUAAUCUCUACUAUGUGAGAUCUGAGAGAACUGCAUUAAUGUUAUACUGCUGUCAUUUUACAAGGAGAAAUUCAGCCGGAAGCGAACCUUGACUAUCAAAACUUAUAACCCAUUGUAUGUCAUUAGAUAACAUUAUAUUGUUCAUUGUCUGUUUUCUUCCGUUUUUUAAAGGUUAACUGUUGUACAAUUGUUAAUGGUUGCAGUUACGUAGAGCAUGGCUUGAGGAUUAACGUGUAUAUCAUAAUAUUCUAAACAUUACUAGCAGUUUAUACUUCAGAAUCAUGAAUGACAACACAAUCAAAUGUAUGCAUAGUUUUCUGAUGUUAAUAAAACAUACCAUACAACACCCAAACCUGUGUUCCAAACAGGAUUGUAGGACGACAAGUAUUGUCUUGCAUACCCAUUACGGGUGUAUAAAUACCCGUUUGACUUGUCUCUGCUAUAGUCUACUACUUGUACAAGCAGCAGUCCCAUAAUCAGUGUUAUGAGCGACACCCAGUGGCGGGAGCGGGUAUCACCACAGAGGGGCGGGACGUUCUUUGUGGGCCCCUAAUCCUACUAUUUUGUACUAAACCUAAAUUGACUAUUCAUUUAAUAUUGUGAGACAUGAUUCUCUUUUUCUUUUGCAUUUUAUCGCAUGAUUAAGGUACAAACUACUUAUUCAUUUAUUUUGAUCCGCCGUUCAGGUGAGAAUCAUCUGCAGUCUCGUUCUCAUGAACGAUAUAUCACUGGCAAGCCUGGCGUGAGCGUCAUCACUGGCGAGCCGUCUCGUUAUCACCAGGAGAGUGGACGCACCUUUGGUGGCAGGUGUGUCGAGGAUAGCCCCAGCAGCAGGGACGUGCACAGGGGGGUUGCUCAGGUUGCUUGGGCAACUGCCCAUAUGCCCUCCUCGGCUCAGGUUGCCCUUCCGAGGAACAAUUUUUUUUUUUUUUUUUUUUUUAAUCAUUUAAUGGAUGUAGAAUUUCAUGUAGGCCUAGAUAAAAAAAUCGCCACUCAAAACAUUUCAUAAAGUAAGCGUAGCCUCAUUCAAUUCCGUUCGGGCACUGAGAGUGAAAGUCAGUAGGGGGAGGGCAAACUCUGCCGCGCGGCAACAGCCGGUUUUGCCGCCUCCCCUCUGCCGCCAUUCCCCCAUUGAAAUUAAUGGAGGAGGCGAAUUGCCGCGCGGCGUGUGAAAGUUGCUUUACGUAGCUGCAGCGCUGCACGCGACCGGAACACCGGCACCUGUGAGACGACUGCCUUGAUGUUGUCGGAAAAGGUGAAUUUGAGAUGUAUAACAAACAAACAAUCAUCAUCACGUUUUAUGAAAUGAAUUACAAUCUUCAUAAAUCCAGGCUCAG